CGAUUUACUUUUAAGACAACAUUUCUCUGUUCUUUCUUGACAACUAACAAAUUUCUCAGCGCAAAACUCCGAUGCCUCUGAUCUCCUGCGACGGCGCUCCGCCGCCACUCUUAAUGGUGGUGGAGUAUCUAGAAUCUUCCAUGUCGAAUGACCUCCUCUACAAGUUCCCCGACAACUCUGCCUUGGAUUUCAACUACGCCCAGAGCUCCAUUUGGUCCCCUCUCCUCCCCCGCGCUGCGCUGCUCACUUAUGAAGAAGUGGGCUUGCUUGAAAACACCAAGAAAAUUGCUGGGAAAAUUAAGAGGAAGUUCACCGAUGCUGUGCUUAACAAUGUGAGCAGGUGCAUCAAGAUGAAGAGGCGGAGGCGGAGGUCUUUCAGGUUUUCUCCGCGGCGCCACCCUUCACCUAGUCCCAAGGGAUUGGCUAAAGUGAUGAAGGGUGCAGCUAAUCAGUUUAAGAAGAGAAUGAAGAAAAGUUCGAAUUUGGAUUUUGAUCAUUCUUGAAUCUUGAUUUUACUCAGAUCAUCAUUUUUUCUCAGUUGUACUACUACUAUUUUGGUACUAUUACACUAUUAUUUUAAAUUGAAUUAUGCUUUAAAAGUUUGUUAA